AGUAGUCCUAUACUACUUCAUAGCUAAGAAAAGGCCCGGCGCGACGGAGGGUUUGGUCAUUGCGUGCGAGUGCGAAGGCAUGGCAUCCUCCCCCACUUCAUCAUCUUGCUCUUCAUACUCGUCGCCAUUUGCAUCGUCGUCGUCAUCUUCGUCGAAUUUUGCUUCUCUUUCGAUAUCGGCAAUGAGGGACAAAAUUAUCGAGAAAAUUCAGGAAAACCGCGUCACUCUGAUCGUCGGCGAACCUGGUUGCGGGAAGAGUUCACAAGUUCCCCAGUUCUUACUGGAAGAAAACAUUGAGCCCAUUCUCUGUACACAACCAAGAAGAUUUGCCGUUGUUGCAGUUGCCAGCAUGGUUGCAAAGGCUCGGAAAUGCGAAGUUGGUGGAGAGAUUGGAUAUCAUAUAGGUCAUUCAAAGGUUUUCUCAGCAAGGUCAAAAAUUAUCUUCAAAACUGCUGGAGUUUUGUUGGAUGAAAUGCGAGAGAAGGGAUCGCAUGCAUUGAAGUACAAAGUUAUAAUUCUUGAUGAAGUGCAUGAAAGAUCAGUCGAGUCGGAUCUUGUUCUUGUUUGUGUGAAGCAGUUUUUGCUUAAAAAUACUGGCCUGAGGCUUGUGUUGAUGUCUGCUACUGCUGAUAUUGCUAAAUAUCGGGAGUACUUCAGGGAUCUUGGCAGGGGUGAAAGGGUAGAAGUGUUGGCAAUUCCUACUACCAGCAAAGACACCAUAUUCCAGCGGAAAGUUCUGUAUCUUGAACAGGUGACUGAAUUCCUUGGAAUAAGAUCAGAGAACUUGCCUUUGAAAUAUUGUUCUGGACCAAGCCCAUUGAUGGCUGAUGCUGGUAUUAAAGCUGAAGUGCACAAGCUUAUACAUGAUUUGGUGUUGCACAUUCAUAAAAAUGAACCUGAUAUUGAAAAGAGCAUUUUGAUCUUCCUCCCUACAUACUAUUCACUCGAGCAACAAUGGUUUUUUCUGAAGCCUUUUAGUAAAACAUUCAAGGUUCACAUUCUGCAUCGCAGUGUUGAUACUGAACAAGCUCUGAAGGCCAUGAAGAUAUGGAAGUCCCACAGGAAGGUAAUAUUGGCCACGAAUAUUGCUGAAUCAUCAGUCACAAUUCCCCAUGUGGGCUAUGUAAUUGAUUCAUGCCGUUCUUUACGAGUUUUCUGGGACAACAAUCGUAAAAUAGAUUCUGCAGAACUUGUGUGGGUUUCCCAGUCUCAGGCCAACCAGCGCAAGGGAAGAACAGGUCGGACUUGUGACGGAAAUGUCUAUCGCUUAGUUACAGGAUCCUUCUUCAAUCAACUGGAAGAAUAUGAGCCUUCAGCAAUACUGAGGUUGUCGUUAAGGCAGCAAGUACUUCAACUCUGCUGUGCUGAAUCUAAAGCUAUAAAUGAUCCCAGAGUCUUGUUGCAAAAGGCUCUGGAUCCUCCGUACCCUCAAGUUGUUGAUGAUGCUAUGGAUUUGCUUGUACGCAUCCAUGCAUUAGGAAGAACACUGUCUAGGGGCCGGCCUGAGCCUACAUUUUAUGGACGACUGGUCUCUAGUUUCAACCUGUCAUUUGAUGCUUCUGUCCUUAUUCUUAAGUUUGGAGACCUAGGUAUGCUACGUGAAGGCAUCCUGGUAGGCAUACUAAUGGAUAUGCAGCCUCUGCCUAUUCUUCGACCCUUUGGCCAAGAAUAUUUGCAUGUGGAUUACUCUAGUAACUAUUAUUCAGAAGACAGCAGGAGCACUGGAUUAACAGGAAGAAAGGAGGUCCUUUGUAUGGCAAAUUUGGGUGCAUUUCAGUUUUGGCAACUUGUUUUCAAGGACAAUUGUCGUCUUGAAAGGUUGAAACAGCUUCUUAAAUUUGAUGGAACAGAAGAUGAACAUGGCAUGCUGCCUAAGAUUGAGGAAGAGUGGUGCUCAAAUCACUAUCUUGUGCAAUCAGCCAUCAAUCAAGUUGCUGACUCAUAUGAUGAGAUUGUAAGUUCGUUGCACCGCUUCCGACCCAAAUGUUUGGUAACAUCGAAUGGUGUACCAUCAUAUUAUGAACCUCGCGAAUAUUGGCACACAUGUUAUCUUCCCUCUGAGCAAAAUAGGGGUGCUGAUGCACUAGGUGUUGAUGAUGAUGAGUUGGAGCUUCACAAUGGAAUCCAAAAAUGUGCUGCUGUACCCUUUGUCUCAUUCAGUCACUUUCGAAUGUCUGAAGUUGCUGAAAAGUUGGCAGCAGUUGUUAAAGAGAUGAGAGUUAAGCACAGAGGAGAUAUAUCUGGUGAUCAUAAAGAAACUGCUGACAGUCAUGAUUGUCAUACCGUUAUGGAGGCUUCUGUAUGUAAAUUUUUCAUUAAUGGGCUCUGCAACAAGGGCAGUCAAUGUUUGUACUCUCAUUCUCUGCAAGCAAAAAGACCUCUUUGUAAAUUCUUCUUCUCUUUACAGGGGUGCCGUAAUGGAGAAUUUUGCUUCUUUUCUCAUGAUUCAAUUUCUUCAUCACCAGGCAAUGGGGUAAGCUCCUGCUUGCCAGAAGAUGAAAAUGCCGAUGCACGUACACUUUUGCAAUUAUUGCCCGCAUCUCCACAAGAAUGCGUCCUGGUGUUGGAUGAUACUGAUUUUCGCUUUUCUUCUAAUCUUGCACGUCACUGUUGCCCGUCCUCUAUAAUUUUGACAACACCUUCCCCGCAUGAAUCCACAAUUGACCCAUUGCUGAAGGGUGUCAAAAUUCUGUGGGGUCUGUCCCACCCCUAUGAGACAAUCAUCUGCAAAGCAGGGGAGAAUGUGGUCCCAUGGAAUAAAGUUAAAUGCAUACUGUGGUUUCCUCAGUUUGAUAGCGAAUAUUUGGAGGUACAGAAAGGUCAAAUAAAGACUUUCUUUGAGUAUUUAUCCAUCCGGUUCUUGGCAGAUGCGCUAUAUGAAGUGCGAGUAAUCAUUACAAUGAACAACAUUCGGUUUUCUCAGUUGCAGGUUGAAAAGUUGGCCAGGGAUGCCUUCUUCUUUCUUGAGGAGUCAUUUCCUUAUGAUGAGCAAAGCUUUGGGGAACUGUUUGAUGAAAUAUCUACAAAGAAGGCGAUGGCAGUGGCAAAGCCAAUUUCAUAUGUUUUCAGAGUGCAUCCGCCCGCGAACAUCCAAUUUGGUGAUUACCGAAAAGUGCUUCACCAACGUUUAAAUGACAUCAAUUAAGACUGGUUAAGGUAUAGCUUCAGUGAGGAAUACGUGCAGUGAAAGUUCUAUACAAUUAUAGAUAUGCAUAAUGCUAUAUUUCUAGUUAGCUGGAGGACUUUAUGUGUGUGUGUGUAUAUUUUUUGUGCAAAAGUAUUUAUUGUUGUCGUCGAAGCAAUAGAGGCUGUUAAUUUUCUCCUGGAAAGUAAGCCUUGGCUUACCUGUAAUGCAUGGUUGUGCAGCCGGUGGUAUGUGCUAUGCAUGAAGCGAAAAAAAAGAACAAGAAGAGUCGCAAAUUUAGCACAAAACGAUAGAGAUACAUUGAAGGGCCAGGAUUUGGUAGAGGUCAUGCUAGGUUUGAUGGUUACAGAUUACAGAAGGGGGCUGUCCAGGCUGCCUGCCUGGCACGUUAAAUCUAUGAAUUUCCUUCUGGAUCAAUUGAUGUAUAUUCUGUUGAUUUUUCCGGAUUCCUCUUAUUCGUGUCCACGCGUGCCUGUGGGUACGUAUAAAUUAGAAUGCCUAGGUAUGCAAUAGAAAUUUUCCUCUUUUUUUUUUUU